CACCCACCAGCUCCACCCUCCUCCCUGUGCUGUCGUCACACCGUCCCGAACUGUUCUCCCCGACUCCCCCUCCCACUUGUCUUCCCUCGCCCUCUUCCCCGGCUCCCCGACACCACGCACACGUCUCCCCUCGGCUACUCACCCACCCCCGUUUGUCCCCCGGCUCUUCACACUUCCUCCCCCACCCCCGUGGGUUGCUUGUUGUCUGCCGAAAGGGGAACCAUUACCGUUUCAAGUCCUUUCAUUGCAACUGAUGAAGGGACCCGAAAUAUUAACUGUUUCUCUCCUCACAGAUGCCUGUGCUCUCUGGUAAAAUUACUUCCGAGGUAUGCUACUGAUGUGCAAAGUCUGCCACCAAAUCUGAAAGACAAAUUAAUUAAAAUAAUGAGCUUGCAAGGAAUUAUUACAGAUGAGAACAUGAGUCAGGUGUUACACCCAGGCCUCCAGAAACUGGACCUCCGUGACUGUGACAUUACAGAUCAUGGCUUGAUCAUGCUUCAGAUUUGCACUCAGCUAAGGGAAAUCAACUUGAGUUCCAGUGACUGCAAGCUCUCUAUAACAUCUGAAGGUUUAAAAGCUAUCGCUUCAUCCUGUCCCCACUUGUCGGAAGUGUGUCUCCGAAGAUGCCAGAAUGUUUCGGAUGAAGGGAUUGUAGCCCUCGCACAACAAUGCAGACUGCUACAGAUAAUCAAUAUUAGUGGUUGCUUAGGUGUCACUGAUGCCAGCUUGCAAGCACUGGGGAAGAACUGCAAGUUUCUGCAUAGUGUUGAUUUCUCAGCCACAAAGGUUUCUGAUGCUGGUGUUAUUGGGUUGGUGAAUGGCGUGUGUUCCCAUAACUUAAAAGAGAUUCAUAUGGACCGCUGCGUGAAUUUGACGGACGAAGCGGUGGAAAGUGUGCUCAUUUUCUGUCCCCAUAUUUUCAUUCUUCUUUUCCAUGGUUGUCCACUUAUCACGGAUCGCUCAAGAGAAGCUCUGCAACAAUUAGUCUGUCCCAACCAAAUGAAGCAAGUGACAUGGACCGUUUACUGAAUUUUCUUUUUUUUUCCACUGCAUAAUAUAUGGUAACUAAUGUGUUCCGUAAUCUUCAUGCACUACCAACAGUCGCUCUGAGCAUAUUCUGGUGAAUUUGUGACUAGGUAAUUAUAAAUUAAAUGUUUAUUUCUAACUUGGUUGCUGACCACAGUAUAGAAUUUUUGUUUAUGUGGAAUGUAUUUUUGGCUGUAUGCAAUGUAUUAGUGCUAUCGUCAUUGCUUUGGUGUGAUGUACAAAUAAAUACUGGUAAAAAUAAAUUUGA